ACCAUACACACAAGCAAAACAAGACCAAGUUGCCUGGGUUGCCAGGACUCGCGACUCCUGUUGGAUCAAUAGCAGUACCUUUUCUCAGGUUUGAUUAGAAGGAUAACAUGCCGCCCAAGAAGAAGCUCUCGAAGAAGGAGAAGGCCCGCCUCGAGGCGGAGCAGGCUGAGCUCAUGCGCAUCGAAAUGGAGAAGGAGAAACUAAAGAAGCUGGAGGAGGCUCGCCAGCGCAAAAAACUGGAGAUGGAGCAGGCCAAGCAUCGGCAGCAACAGGAAGUGGCCGAGAACCGGAAACGGCGCUCUCAGCUCAAGGACAGCAUGCUCUUCUUCGACGCCGUCCGCACGGCCAUCGAGGCCAUCAAGGAUGGCGAGCGGCACGAGCGCGACUGGGAGAAGUUUAUGCGCUGCAAUGGACUGCCCAAUGCCGCCAGUCCCAGUGACCUCAGGAAGUACAUCCACCAGUGGCAUACGGACAUAGCCAAGCGUCACUUAGAGUCACGGAACUGGCUGCUUCGCACUGACGAGCGGACAUUGCUCACCCAGGAUGCCCAGGUGCCCGAUUUAACAAGGAUCUCUUUGCGCCAGCAGCAAGGACGACUGGGUGAUGUGUAUUCGCAGAGGAUCAAGGAGGUUCUAGGGAUCCUCAACGAACUGGACGAGAUGUUGCCCUUCAAACAGCGCUCCAUUAAUGUGGCUGCUGAUCUCAAAAAACUCAAGACUGAGAUGCGGGUUUAUCUGAGGCAACAUCUGGAUGAGUUCACCUAUAAGACCAUGUCGCACAUCGAAAGGGAUAUGGAAAUCGAUAGACCCGGUGUUUCGAAGCACAUCUUCAGCUCGGAUGUGUUUCAGAGCUUCGUGUGGACCUUCUCCAAGGAUGCACAAAUUGCUGUCAAUCCCAAGGCCCGCAUAGGAGAGCAAUCGGCCCACAAUGAGAUUGAUUUUCCCACCAUCGAAAUGCAGAUAUCCCUGCCGCCCACAGUGCAUCUCCAAAGCUCAGCCUUGCGAGGACUCUGGCUGAACUAUGAUCACUUUAGUGACUACUGCAGCAGCUACUGCCUGAAGCAUGCUCGUUCUGCCAAUGCCAACAUUCUCCGACAAACCAAGCGAGAGUGGCGCAAACGCAAGGAGAUCCUUCAGGCCAUGCUGGACGAGUGUGGCCGGGAUAUACCACUCUCGGAGCUGGAGCAGCUCACCCAGGACCAGCACUCGGCCAGCUCCCAGCCGCCGCGGGAACGCACCUACGAUGUGGAUAAACUUUAUGCCGAGUACGAGGAUGAGCUGAGCAAGGCCCAUCGUAGGGCCAUAGGACCGGAGGCCUAUGGCAUGCUGGAGACGGAUGUCAAUUUGCGCAAAUACCGCAUCAUUGGUGGAGUCUACUGCAUUGAUUUCCUGGAGACACCACAGCAGGAUAAGCAGCUAAAUGCCAGAUCAUUCAUACGCACCAUCACCUCGGCAAAUAGUUUGGUGCACAAGGAAUACUACCAGACCUACAAGCCACCGCCUCCGGUGCUGCCAGGAGUGAGACGUCUGCCCGAGGAGAUUGAAGCCGAGAUGAGGAUGAUUGAAGCGGCUUUAGACAAGCUGGCCUUGGUCACUUUGCAACUUCCAGAUUCCGUGAUUUGGUUUGAGCCACCGGUGGCCUGUCGCUGGGAAACCCAUCUGGAGACCCUGGAAAUGGAGCUGGCUGAUGGUGUCAAACCGGAGUUGAAGCAUCCUACCAACGAGGCGGAUGCAGAGGCAGAUGCCAUGGGCGCUGUGAGUGGCACGGCGGCUGGGACAACGGCCACGCCCACAGAGGCCACACCCCUAUCCACCCAUGCCCAGCCUAGUCCUUUGAAGAGUUCACCUCGGUGUCCUGCGCGAAGGAUGCGCUCCCAGAAGUCAGAGCAGUCGCAGCAGAUGCUACAUGAAAUCAAUGACUUCGAUCUCCGCGCCAUACCCAGCGAUGUGGACUUGUAUGGUUUGGUCAAGGACUUUGUGGUGCCCCGGCUGCCGCAGGGAUUCUGCGUUCGGCUGGAGCAGACAACUCCAGCCUCGGAGACCACGGGCUUGAGGCAGCGAAAGGUGAUGUUCCUGGCCCGGCAAACGCACAUCCGACUGGGCCAGGGACAGCCGGAGGAGGAUCCCCUGCUGCUUGUGACACCAAGCAAGCUGAAUCUUAACUCAAGACCAGGACUGGGAGCCGAGUUCCUGGACACUGAAGAGCCGGCAGAGAUGUUUCCGCCGCUGUGCUUCGACAAGCUGCUCAAGUUCCGGCAAAUGGCACCACGACCAGCUCACCACCAGGGCUAUUUUUUCUCGCAGCUCAUCGAGGACAUGGACAAGCUGUGGCUGCUGCAGCUGCCUAGGGAUCAGCAGGAGGAGCUCAUCCAGCAGAUAUCGGAGCAGCUAUCGCCCACGGGCUCGCGAUCGAGUGAGGCGGCAGGGGAAAAGGAUUCAGCAGUUCUGGGCGAUGGCAAUCUUUCCGAAGACAUUCAGCCGCUCAGCCAGGAGCUGGUGGAUGUCCUUCAGCCAGCAACGGCAGCCGCUGCCUUUGCCUAUUACACGGGCAUCUCCUUUGUAAAGGACUCCCAGCUGCCGCCGGAAACGGAUGCGGACCAGGCCACGGCCAAGCGCUCCAAUAGCAUGGAUAGCAGCGAAGAUGAUGACGAGGAUGUGGAUAGCCUGGUGGAGCUGCUCGAAGGUGCAAGAGCAGCAUCCACGGCGGCCAAUACCCUGCACGAUUUCCUUGGUCCGUCCAGCCACAGCGACACCACUGACAGCGAAAGCCGAAAGAAACUCAGCAGCACGGCGGCCAUUACCCAGGGGAAGUGGAGUACCCGCGAUGUCCACGACACCAAGUUUAACGAGGACAAACUCUCUAUACAGUUUCGAACCGGAAGACUGGGAAUCUUUGGCUUUGCCUUGAACAAAUACAGCAAUAUGCCGUACCAAACUUGGGACCUAAGACCAGAUAUGAAAAAUCCCGGUACCAUCCUGUUUAGCUUCACAGCCUCACUGAUUAGCUUGGACAUGACCAUAACGGAGUCGGGCUAUACGGUGAAUAACUUUCAGGGUGGCAGCACUCAGGUCAUUACCGAUAUGAUUGGCAAGACCCUAUCGCUGGCCGAGCUCAAGGCCACACUCAUCCUGUCCGCCGUGGACAUAUUUCCGGACGAGGAUGCCUUCUGCUAUACGGAAGGUUCCUGCGAGAAGAACUAUGUGAUGGAGAUGCACUGCUAUGCCUGCCUCUCGACCCUGGCACAAUCGCAUAACUUUAGUUGGUCGCGUUGGAACCUUCUGGCCGGCUCCCGUACGGCCGUACUCCUCAUCCGUGAACUGAUCGAGGGCAAGAAGGUGCCGUAUUACUCCACGCUAUUGGUCACACCGCUCAAGACCUCGAUUAUUGAUUGCACCGAGGUAUCGGCGAGCUUCAAUGCCGUGGGGAUACCGGGAAUGGAGUACUAUGCCGAUCUCUAUCAACUGUCACAGGCACAUGCCCAGCCAGUGAGUCUGGAGAAGCAGAGGACCAUGAAUCCGGUGCUGAGGGAUAAUGUGGCCAGGAUUUUAAUGGGCAUACGGCCCCUGAGUUUGUGUUGA